GCUUGUCACGAGAUCGACCUCCGAACACAUCGUACUACACGCGCCCCUUACUGACUACUUCUCGUGUAAGGUCACUGUUCUGCUAUAAAAGAAGAGCUGAAAGUAGCAGAUCUGUAUCUAGAGAAGCGACUCUGACCCUCGACGAAAGCCGUUUGAAACGCUAGCAGGAGACAACCGAGAUGACUUCUGUCGAAGUUCAAUCCCCGCCGCCUCCCCCGCCGGACACGGAGGGAGAGAGCCAAGCCCCGACCUCGAGCACCGGCGAGGAAGGAGAGAGCCAAGCCCCCACCUCGAGCACCGGCGAGGAGGGCGCCCCGGCCUCCACGUACGAGUGGCUGGCCAGCGUUCCCGUCCUGUCGAGCGCAGGGAGCACGGUGUACGGAUGGUACGAAGGCUCCAAGAACUACACCCGAGCGUCCAAGUACGCGCUGGACAGCGUCGAGUCUUCCGUCAAGUACGUCGCCGACACUGCCGCUAGCGUCGUAAAGGGCCCAAUUACCGUUGUUGACUCAUUUGCCGUGAAGCAGUUGGUAAAACUGGAAGAGAAGGUCCCUGCCAUAAAGACGGAAACGGAAGACGUAUUGGAGGCACUCGACGAGCAAAAGAAAGCCGUCUACACCCGAAUCUCCAGCGGAAAAGACGCCAUCACCACUCGCCUCGUGACCGGGAAAGACGCUCUCGUCGACCGUCUCCACGCCGGUACCGAAGCCGUGACCAAGUCUGGCCCCGCCCAUCUCGUUAGCAGCGGGGUAAACCGCACCCUCAAAGCCACGGAGAACAUCGUCGACUAUCUUCUCCCGGAGAAACCGGAAGACGCCUCAUCGAGCAAAGAGAAGGAAACCGAGCUGAAGGUGUCGGGAGAGGCCGAGGACUCCAGCGACGAAGAGGAAGAGGAGGGAGAGGAAGGGGAGAAGGGGGAAGAGGGGAAGGACGAAACGAGUGCCGAGCGAGUGAAAAACAUCUCCCGAAAGGUGAAGGUUCGUGUAUACUACCGCACCCUUCAUCGUCUGGACACGGUUCAAGAGCAGUGCAUGACCACGUUGGAACAUCUCAAGACUAACAUUGACCUGCUGAAGAUGGCCCAUGGAGCGUACGAUGAAGUUGACAAACAGUACAAACAUCUACAGAGCUCUCUGCGCAGCAUCCGCACGCAUCUCGGCUCCCUCGUGACCACGCCCACCUCGUCAACAUCCCAGGACCCCGUCGUUACUCUCCUUGACGACAGCGAAGAGGGCGGAGUCCAGCUGGAAUCCAUGACCCCCGAAGAGAAAGCCACGAUGUUCCAGGGAGUGCUGGACUACGCCCGUCAGCUGAGCGAGAAGGUGCACACUGCGUUUCAGUCCGUCUCCUCCGCCACCUCGUUUCUCCCCCACCACCUCAAGAGUGGAGCCAGCCACGCUCUCCAGGUCUCCCAGGAACUUUACACAACCCUCAAAUCGGCUAAGGUGCCCACUGAUAUUCCGGCUAGCGUUCUGAACAAGACUUCUGAAGUGAUUGACGCUCAACUCGGAUACGUGAAACAGCUUGGAACAUACAUCAAGACUUCCCUCAAGGCCAAGGACAAGAAUGAAUCCACAGUGCCCACUGAGGUGAAGACUCUACUGGUACCGGACGAGGCAGAGGAAGACGGCAGCGACUCUGAUGAGGGGGAGCCCCCCAUAUCUCGCCCCCUGGGGGGAGAGGGGGAACCUCCAAUUUCUGACCCCCCAGGAGAUGAGGGGGAGGCUGAGGCCAGCCUUGGUUCUGGGGAUGAGAAAUGAAUGAGGACAACUGCGUGAACUAACUUGUGUAUAAUUAUACCGUUUCGCUGACAUUAUUUUUUUGAGGACAGAAGAAACCUCAAAAGCCAAAAAAUAAACGAUACAAUAGACAAGCAAAAAACAACAACAAACAAACAAUAACAGAAGAGAAAAGAUACACCCCUGCGCAGUAUUAUUACGCAACGCACGCAUGCGCUUUGCGGUUUACGG